AUGAAUUCUGACUCGAGCUCUGUCUCCAGCAGAGCCUCUUCCCCGGACAUGGACGAGCUGUACCUGAGGGACCACCACCGCCGCCACCACCACCACCACCCGGAGAGCCGCCUCAAUCCGGUGUCGUCCACGCAGGGCGACCUGGUGCAGAAGAUGCCCGGGGAGAGCCUGUCGCGCUCGGGCGCCAAGGCGGCGGGCGAGAGCAGCAAGUACAAGAUCAAGAAGCAGCUGUCGGAGCAGGACCUGCAGCAGCUGCGGCUCAAGAUCAACGGGCGGGAGCGCAAGCGCAUGCACGACCUGAACCUCGCCAUGGACGGGCUGCGCGAAGUCAUGCCCUACGCGCACGGGCCCUCGGUGCGCAAGCUCUCCAAGAUCGCCACGCUGCUGCUGGCCCGCAACUACAUCCUCAUGCUCACCAGCUCCCUGGAGGAGAUGAAGAGGCUGGUGGGCGAGAUCUACGGCGGCCACCACUCGGCCUUCCACUGCGGGACCGUGGGCCACUCGGCCGGCCACCCGGCGCACGCCGCCAACGCCGUGCACCCGGUGCACCCCAUCUUGGGCGGCGCGCUCGCGUCCGGCAACACCUCGUCCCCUCUGUCCGCCGCCUCCCUGCCCACUCUGGGCACCCUGCGGCCUCCCCAUUCUCUACUCAAGGCGCCCUCGACACCCCCAGCGCUGCAGCUGGGCAGCGGCUUCCAGCACUGGGCCGGGCUGCCCUGCCCCUGUACCAUCUGCCAGAUGCCUCCGCCGCCGCACCUGUCCGCCCUCUCCACCUCCAACAUGGCCAGGUUGUCGGCGGAGUCCAAGGACCUGCUCAAGUGAGCG